AUGCCCCUAAGAUUUUGCAGACAAAGAAAAAAUAUCUCAUUCAUUCUUUCAUCCUCUCUUAACACCUUUUUUAUUUCUCAAAGAAAAUCUCAAACCCUAACAAAAACAUUCAACGCAAUCUUGAUGUCAAUGGCUACCAAAAUGCUCCGAAACUUUCUAACCACAAUAACCCGACCCACGAACCUCACUCAAACCCGUUUCUUCAACGGCGUCAACAUCCAAAAAAUGAAGUUCCCAAAAUACAGAAAAGGCAGGAUCGACGGAAUCAAAGACGGUGCCCAAAUCUGUUUCGGCAAGUACGGGUUACAAGCAUUAGAACCCGCAAGAAUCACAUCCAAACAGAUCGAAGCGGGUCGAAGAGCUUUGCAGAUGAAUGUGAGACGUGGUGGUGGGAAAGGCGGGAAAGUCUGGGUGCGUGUUUUUCCAUUCAAGUCGGUUACUUCGAAACCCGCGGAAACCCGAAUGGGGAGAGGGAAAGGUGCUAUAAGUUAUUGGGUUGCUCCAGUGAAACCUGGACAGAUUCUUUAUGAAAUGGGGGGUGUUACUGAAGCUUUAGCUAAACGAGCUAUUCAGAUUGCUGGAAGUAAAAUGCCUAUUCUUACUAGGUCUAUCGUUCGUGACCCGCAAACCAAAGAAAUCGGUAUUCGUUGAGGUGAUUUUUUUCGGUUUUUCUUUUAGUUGAUCAUUUCGAGUUUUAUUAGACUUUUGAAUGUUUUACAUUUUGUAGACUAUAAGUAUCACACAUUUGCUAAUAAUCAUGUGAUAAUGUUUUGAUUUCAA